UUUAAAAAAAAAAAACAAUUAAACGAUAAAGUUUAUAAUUAGUAUUAAUUAAAUUUUAUUUAAUUGCUGAAUAAUUAAAAAUCAGAUGAUUUCACCAGAAUUAAUGAGUCCAGAAGGCUCUCAAACCUCGUCAACUUCUAGACGAAGCAAUUUUGGAACUCCUACGGCGCGUAAACAGGCGCUACGAAGUGUUUUAGAUAAAACACAAAGCUUACAAAAUCAUGCUAAUUCAAAUGCGACACUUGGAAUUUUAGAAAAUGUUUUCCAGGAAGCAGAUCAAAUUCACGAUGACAUUUCUAUGGAGGAAAAAAUCAGCAACCAGGAUGAAGUGGUAAUGGACUCGGAAGUGAUGAGCGUGUCGUCAAAAGUCAUAAAGUCUUGCACCCAAGUCCUAACCAAGGAGUACAACACGUUCAGCAGCAUGGAGUUUGCUCAUAAAUUGAUGGAGUACGUCCAGCAAUUACCGGACACGACGGUCGCGGAUGUCAACUGGUCGAUGCUGCAGAAGGACGUUCCAGCGUUCAAAGCCACCGCGACUUACGUGAACCUGCUGAACAAGAUAAUGCGCGUCGGUGAGAGGAGAAACAAGCGCGACAAGAACGGCAGCGGCGACAAAAGUUUGAAUGACAGCGGAAGCAACGACGAAGGAAGACCCAAGGGCUCGGUUAAGACUGAAAAUAUACUGAGCAGCCAGAGGCGCAAUGCCUACGUCGAACAGGUUGCCGCGAGAAUGAAUCGUACGAGAUUGAACGACCCGAAUGUGACCACCAAGCGUCCCGAUAACGUUAUCCAAGUCGAGGUCGACGCUGACAACGACGGCAACAAACCGAUUCUUGAUCAUCUUCGCAAGCUGAUCAGGAAAGUUUAUAAAGACAACGGGAAGCAGCCUAUUGAUUACUUCAAGCUCAUCCUCGAUCCCGGUGACUUUGGAAAAACCAUUGAAAAUAUGCUCCACGUCGCUUUCCUCGCCAAAGACGGAUUCAUUCGAUUUAGAACUGGUAAUUUCUCUCACGAUUAUUAUUAUUUAUCAAUUAUUAUUUCGACGGUCUCAGGUGGUAACUGCAUUGAUUUUAACCUGGUCAAUAAUUAUUAAGAUUUUAAUUAUUGGCUCUUAAAUCUGGUUCUAUCCUAGAUCCUAAACUGAAUAAUUGUCAUUAGAAACUUAAAAAUAUAAAUAUUAGGUAAUGCAGUUACAUAACUAUUAAAAAUCAAUAAUUAUGAAAUAAAGUCACCUAGUUAAUGAGUAUUAUAUAAAUUAUCCAUGAAAGAAAUUAAUUAGAAAUAUAUUUAACUCGCGGAUAAUCAUUAUUGUUAAUUUUGUGCUGAGUGUAAUUUAUCUGGGAGUGAAAACUUGAGCAAGAUCCGCCAUGUUGGACACGAUGUGUAAUGGAACCGUGUUUCGUGGUCGAGAAUACAGAAAUCUCACUUAUAUAAUCGAUUUAUCCGAGUUUUUUAUGACACUUAGGUAAUUGGUGCUUUUAAUUAUAAAUUAAUUACUGAGUUAAAAGUAAAACUUAAAAGAAAGUGAUUUUUAGUCAAUGUCAGAGGAAUUUUAAUGAAUGAGGUGAAAAUGGGAGACGGGAAGGGGAUCAAAAAUUUGGGUACUUACUCAGGUGAGUCGUGAAUUGUUUUGAGAAUAAUUAGUGUAAAGUGAGUGAAAAUGAGUACUUACUGUUUACAGAGAGGACUCCAGAAACUUUAGCGACUUCGGGUUGUAAUAAUGCGGGUUUGACGGCCCGAAGGGCUCCAGCGGCAGCUUUCGUUACAGCAUUCAACAUCAUGGCCGGCUGAAUGAG